AUGGAGCAAUACGUGGCCGGUCUCGAGCAGACCCUGCAGCAGGUCCUCUUCUCGAACAACAAUGACCAGAUCAAGGAGGCUACCAAGGCAUUGAGCACCCAGUUCUUCGCUGAUGCCAACUGUGUCCCUGCCCUCGUCCAUAUCAUCCAGACCUCGACCCAGAAGGAGAUCCGUCAACUUGCUGCUGUCGAGCUCCGCAAGCAGAUCACCAACUGGUGGGCAAAGCUGGACCUCGAGGUCCGCACCAACACCAAGGCCAAACUCUUGGAGAUCAUCUUGAACGAGCAGGAGCCUCUCCCCCGCCACUCAACCGCCCGUGUUAUUGCCACUGUCGGAAGAAUUGAGAUUCCCGCCAACACCUGGAACGAGCUCCUUGCCUUCUUGUUCCAAUGCUCCAACGGCGCCAACGCUGGACACCGUGAGGUUGGUGUCUAUGUCAUCUACGCCAUCUUCGAGGUCACCGACGCCUUUGCCGACAACUUGCGUCAACUCUUGGAAUUGUUCAGCCGCACCAUCCAGGACCCCGAGUCCCAGGUCGUCCGCAUCACCACCGUCCAGGCUUUGGGCAAGAUGGCCGAUUUUAUCGAGGAAGAUCAAAAGGACGAGAUUGCUAUGUUCUCCGAGCUCGUCCUCCACAUGGUCAACGUCCUUCAGCAGUGCCUCAACGACAGCGACGAGGAGUCUGCUGCCAAGUGCUUCGAUGUCUUUGAUACCCUCUUGUUGCUCGAGAUCCCAAUUCUCUCCAAGCAUGUCCAGAACUUGAUCCAGUUCUUCUUGAGCAUUGGAGCCAACAUCACCUUCGAGCCCGUCAUGCGUGUCCAGGCUCUUUCUUUCAUCAUGUGGGCCAUCGUUUACAAGAAGACCAAGAUCCAGCGUCUCAAGUUGGUCGGACCCAUGAUCCAGCAAUUGAUGCCCAUCGCCGCUGAGGAGGAGCCCGAGGAUUCCGAUGAGGAUUCACCUGCUCGUCUCGCCUUCAAGGUUAUCAACACCCUCGCCACCAACCUCCCUCCCCAGCAGGUCUUCCCCGUCGCCUUGGAGGGUAUUCUCGCCUACAUGGCCAACGCUGACCCUCUCUUCCGCAAGGCUGCCAUGGUCACCCUUGCUGUCUUGGUCGAGGGCUCUGUCGACUUUAUCCGCCCCAAGUUCAACGAGCUCCUCCUCAUUGUCUGCGCUGGUCUCCAGGAUCCCGAGGCCAACGUUCGUCGCGCAGCCUGCAUGGCCUUGAGCUCCUUUGCCGAGGAGUUUGACGAGGUCGCCGAGAACCACGCCACCCUCUUGCCCCUUGUCUUUAACUUGAUGAACGAGCCUACCCCCGAGAUCACCAAGCAGGCCUGCAAUGCCUUGGAUGCCAUUUUGGAGGGCUUGGGUGAGAACAUUCUCCAGUACCUCGCCGAGUUGAUGCAGAAGUUGCUUAUCAUGCUCGACAACGCCCAGGGCGAGACUCGUGCUAUCGUUGUUGCCGCUAUCGGAAGCGCUGCCCAUGCCUCUGGCUCCGAGUUCACCCCUUACUUCCCCGAGGUGAUCAAGCGUCUCCAGCACUUGAUGACUCUUCACUCCAAUGAGGACGAGCUCAUGCUCCGUGCCGUCUCAACCGAUGCUCUCGGUGCCAUUGCUGCCGCCGUCGGAAAGGAUGCCUUUAGACCCCACUUGAACGACUUGAUGAACUUGGCCAUGCAGGGAUUGCUCUUGGACAACACUCGUCUCCGUGAGUGCGGAUACUACUUCUUUGCCGGAAUCGCUCAGGUCUUUGAGGACGAGUUCUCGCCCUACUUGGCCGGCAUUGUUCCCCAGUUGAUUGCUUCGUGCCAACUGGAUGAGAACACCACCCGCUUUGACAACGAGACUGGUGAUCAGGACGACGUUGAUGGCGAGGACACUGCUGAGGACUUGAACUACGUCUUCCGUUCUGCCAUUGCUGAUGAGAAGGAGGUUGCUGCCGAUACUAUCGGCGAGUUCUUCCAGCACACUCGCACCGCUUUCUUGCCCUAUGUCGAGUCGAGUGUCAAGGAGUUGGUUAACUUGACCACCCAUAUGUCUGAUGGUGUCCGCAAGGCCUCGUGCGGUGCCCUCUUCAACUUCCUCCGCACCUUUUACAAGAUCUCCAGCCCUGCCGAGUGGAAGGCUGGUCUCCCCGUCGCCGUUCCUCUCCAUGACAACGUUGCCCAGUUGAACACCUUGGUUAUGCCCUCCAUUCUUUCCAUCUGGGAGGAUGAGGAUGACAAGAUGGUCGUUGUCCAACUUUGCCAGGAGAUGGUCGAGACCCUCAAGCUCUGCGGACCCGGCAUUGUUGCUGAGCACAUCAACACGAUUGCUGAGCACUUGAACUUGAUUUUUGAGAAGAAGGCUUUCUGCCAGCAGGAGCUUGCUGACGAUGAGGGUCUUUUGGACGAGGAUGAGCAGGCCGAGUUUGAUGCCUUGUUGAUCUCGUCUGCCUCUGACUUGGUCGGUGCCCUCGCCGCCGUCUUGGGCGAGAACUUUGUCGAGUACGCCAAGAUCUUUAUUCCUCACAUUGCCAAGUACUACAAGAAGUCCAAGCCCACCAGCGAGCGCUCGAUGGCUAUCGGAUGCUUGGGUGAGAUCGCUGCCGGUAUGCUCGCGGGCGUCACUGGUUUCACUGAGACCAUCUUCCCCAUUGCCCUCAAGGGUCUCUCGGAUGAGGAGCCCGAGGUUCGCAGCAACGCUGCCUACACUGUUGGAGCCCUCUGCCAGAACACGACCAUGGACAUUUCGUCGCAAUACCCCGCCCUCUUGACGGCCUUAUACCCCUUGUUCCAGGGCCAGAACUUGGACAAUGUGACCGACAAUGCUUGUGGAGCUGUUGCUCGUAUGAUCAUGCGUCACCCCGAGGCUGUCCCCGUCGACCAGGUCUUGCCCGUCUUUGUCGCUGCUUUGCCUUUGAAGCGCGAUUACGAGGAGAACGAGCCCGUCUACAAGUUGUUGUUCCAGUUGAUCCAGGGCCAGAACGCCUGGUGCUUCAACAACAUGCCUCAGUUGCUCGAGAUCUUUGCCAACGUCCUUUCCAAGGAGGACGAGCUCAAGCCCCACACCCGCCACGAGAUGGUUGAGCUCAUCAAGGCCUUGAACCAGCAGUUCCCUGCCUUGAACAUUGGUGCCUCCGCCCUGGCGCCUUACCUCCAGUAA